AUGGGAACCUCCUGGAGCAAACUUGCCUCCUUCCAGAAGGACCCCAAGCCAUGUCACUACGAUGCGAUCAUUGUUGGCGGAGGCUUGUCUGGACUUGUUGCCGCUCGUCGUCUCAGUGAGUUAGAAGACAAGAGAAUUCUCCUCAUCGAAGCGGGUGCGGACCGUCGAGGAGACCCAAAGAUUGAUACCCCAGGGUUACUAUUCAGUCUUUGGGGUGACCCAGCCUAUGAUUGGAAUUUCUGGAGUGAACCUCAAGAACGCUUGAAUGGAAGACAGAUCCCCCAACCCAGGGGUAAAGUGCUGGGAGGAUCUAGUGCCAUCAAUGUGGCCGCCAUCGUUUAUCCUACGCCCCGAAAUUUCGAGGCCUGGGAGAGACUGGGGGUGCAGGGAUGGUCUUUCGACACCUUAGCACCAUAUUAUAAGAAGUUCCAUACCUUUCAUCCAGCAUCCAAGGCAACAAACGAUCUGCUCUCCCUGGACUCGUACGUAAAAGUUGAUAACCAGGGUGCUCAGGGUCCGCUUCCCAUCAGCUUCCCCGAUGUCUACGGCCCUUUCCAUAAGGCCUGGAUUGCAGCAUUUCGCAACCUUGGGUUCGAAAAUGGCCAGGAUCCGAUUCUUGGAAGAAAGCAAGGGGCGUUUAUGCCUCCAAAUACUGUUGAUCCUGGAACGCACCAACGAUCCUACGCGGCUUCGGCUUAUUACUCCCCAGAGAUCGAGGCGCGACCCAACCUGCACUUGAUCACUGAAACGGCUGUGCACAAACUGCUCUUCAGUACUACAUCCCAAACUGUCACUGCGACUGGUGUCCAAGUAUAUGGGAAGGACGGCCAGCUAUCCGAGUUUACCGCAGAUGAGGUGAUUCUGGCUGCCGGGGCCAUCCAAAGUCCUCAGAUCCUGGAAAACUCGGGCAUUGGGUCUGCAGCAAUUCUUGGGCAGCAUGGAAUUGAUGUGGUAAUCGAUAACCCUGGUGUCGGAGAGAACCUGCAAGAUCAUUCAUUCGCCAGCGUUUCAUUCGAGGUCGCCGAUGGCCAAAUUACCAACGACAUGGCGCGAGACCCAGCAGUGAUUGAGGGUCUACUGAAGCAAUAUGGGGAAACUCGUACGGGCCCUUUGUCCGGCAUACCAUAUGGCCUGGCGUAUGUGCCAUCAGUCGACACAGGCGGUCGCAUGUCCUCUGAAAUAGGGCAGUCCCUCAUUGACACGCACCUCAACCUAUGCGAUCCGUGUCUUUCCCUUACUCACAAAGCACAGUAUGAGGAGUUGGCAAAUAUGAUGGUGGACCAGAAGGAGAAUACCUUCUGGUACGGCAUCACUCCAUCUCAGAUGAACAUGGAGCCGCAUGGCAGCACCAAUAUGACUCAGGUUUAUAGUCCACAACGGCCUGAGAAUUUCAUCACACUGAUGGCGGGACUCAAUCACCCUUUGUCGCGUGGCAGUGUACAUAUCAGUAGCGCUGCUAUUGGCUCUCCACCGCGAAUUGACCCGGGCUACCUAUCUCAUCCGCUUGAUGUUGAAAUGUUGGCUCGUGGCAUUCAAUUCUUGGAGCGUAUCGUCGAUGAUCUACCAAUGAGACAACUUUUGAAACCUGAUAACCGCAUACCGUCUUACGCAUCUAACCUAUCAGAGCUCGAAACGGCUAGACAGGUUGUGAAAGACAGGCUGUGGACAUCAUAUCAUCCCUCCUGUACCUGCCCUAUGAUGCCACGGGAGAGCGGAGGUGUGGUCAACAAUCGGUUGUUGGUACAUGGGACAACUAAUGUAAGGAUCAUCGAUGCCAGUGUCUUCCCUAUGAUCACACAAGGAAACAUCCAGGCUACUGUGUACGCAGUAGCUGAGCGUGCAUGUGACAUUAUCAAAGAGGAUUGGGGUGUGAUAGAUCCAGCCUCAUAA